AUGGAAUUGGCCGAUAUGGCAGUUGGUGCUGCACCUGAAUUUAGUGUGGCUUAUGCGAAAUCCUCAGUGGAGGUUACUGACGGUGGGGCUGUUGUUGAAGCCAAAGUUCGCACCAAGUUUCCAGAAGUUUGGAUUUGGGCUGCUGUUAAUACGUCUGAUUUUGUUGGUACAAUUGUAAAAGUUGUAUUAUCCGCUUUUUAUUCAUUUGUAGUUUAUGAGCAAUCGGAAGCUACUACGGGAGGAGUUUUUGCGUAUACGACUACGGCAUGGAUUCAAAUGAGAUUCUCAGCGACCGAUGUGAUAGUUACAACCUCUGUACCACACCCUAUCGCUCCUACAACGGCUGCUCCACCUCGUGCUCAAGAGACUUUGAAAAUACGCAAAAAGUUUCCUGAACUGUGGAUCUGGAGUGAUUUUACCGUUAAAAAGUGA